CUCCAGAUACUGAUAUAUCUUAUACCAUCAUCCUGGUCACUCCCAAAAUGCUAAGUUACAAGAAGCGUUCGGGUGUUGCAACUUUCCUCUUAAUCAUCUGUGGGGCUUUGGGCACAAAUGACGUAAUCAGUGUCCAGGAGGGCCGUCAUGCACGCGUCCUUCCGUGCCCGAUUCCUGAAGACAUUUCCCCAUGCACGUGCUCUGUAGACGUCGACGGAGCAAUAGACAUGGACUGUUCACACGUCGAGAGCGAGGAACAACUAGCCAGGGUGUUCAGCGCAACCAUCCCGUUUCCCAAUUUCCGGAGACUCGUCAUUUCGCAGAAUACCCCCUUAAGAUCCCUACAGCGAGGCGUCUUAGGCGAGGCCUCGUUCAGGGAAAUCUACGUCAUAGGGAGUGUCCUCCAGGAAGUCCAAGAAGGGGCCCUGAACAACAGCCACGCUACCCUGACCGACAUCCGCAUCUACGCUAACAACCUCUCCGUCUUUCCCUUUCGAGAACUGCCACUUUUCGCCUCCCUGCUCCGCCUGGACUUGAAUCACAACAACCUAUCUUCUUUCCCGCUGUUGCACUCGGAUGUUCUGUCCUACAUUGACUUGGGAUACAACCACAUCAGCGAACUUCCCAGCGAGGGUUUCAGGAACCUCUCGCAGCUGGCCGAGGUCCACCUGGCUGGAAACCGAGUGCAGGAGAUUCAUACAGGCACCUUCGCCGGGUACGCAAAACUGGCCUUCGUGUCUCUCGGCGAUAAUCAGCUGACCUAUGUUUACCCCGGGGCGUUCCAGCUGACCUCGAUCCAGCACAACUCUGUCCUUCUCCACAACAACCUCAUAACCUCGCUGGAGGUCAAUGCCAUAGCAGGCGUUGUUGAGGGGUUCGUGUCCUUGCACAAUAACACAAUAACGACGUUAAAUGAGGAAUCCUUGCGACCUCUUCUGGAAGAACGUGUUCAGGUCGAUCUCUCAGCUAAUCCUCUCACCUGUGGCUGUGACGUGGCUUGGAUUCUGAUCGACGAGACUAUGUUGAGUCUUAUUGAUGAUGAUGCAACUUGCAUUAGCGGCGAACUUUUGGUAGAACUCGAUCCUAAGAUAUACAUUGAUUUGUGUCAAAUUCGUUGAUUUCUUCUUCUUCUUCGUUGAUGGUUUUAUUAUUAUUAUUUUUUGGGGGUUCACUAUACCGUGAUUUAAUA